AGUCAGACAGAAUCAUGUCCCUGAUCAACAUGGGGUCUGGGGGAGAUUUAAAGAAAAUUUCCCUUCUGAUUGGAGUGUUUGUCCUGUUGAAGGUGCAGGCUGCUCCACUAUUAACCGAUGAUGAGGCAGAUCCUGGUGAAUUGAGAGAUGACAUUCUUGAUAUUAACAGAGGAUUAGAUCUGUUUGAGGGAGACAUCGCCAUCAAUCCCAAAAGAAAUGCCAUCACUGAUGAGACGAGAAGAUGGAAGUUUCCCAUACCUUACAUCUUGACAGAUUCCUUAGAGCUGAAUGCUAAGGGUGUAAUCCUCCAAGCAUUUGAGGAAUACCGCUUGAGAUCCUGUGUGGACUUUAAACCCUAUGAAGGAGAGUCCACAUACAUAUCGUUCGUCAAGCUUUCCGGUUGCUGGUCAUACGUCGGAGAUGACGGAAAAGGCCAGAAUGUGUCCAUUGGACAGGGGUGUGACACCAAGGCUGUAGUAGAACAUGAGCUUCUCCAUGCUUUGGGCUUCUACCAUGAGCAGUCUCGUUCAGACCGGGAUGAUUAUGUCCAAAUCUGGUGGGAUGAGAUAGAGGAAGGGAAGGAGCACAAUUUCAACAAAUAUGAUGAUGACUUCAUCACUGAUUUGAACACCCCGUACGACUAUGAAUCCAUCAUGCACUACAGGCCGUUUUCCUUUAACAAGAAUGAAAGUGUCCCCACAAUUACAACCUCCAUACCAUACUUCAAUGAUGUCAUUGGUCAGCGGCUGGACUUCAGUGAAGUAGACAUCACCAGGCUGAACCGCAUGUAUGACUGUGCUGAAUCACAUACUCUCUUGGAUCAGUGCUCCUUUGAGCUCAUAAACAUCUGUGGAAUGAUCCAGAAUGAGGAUGACAACGCAGACUGGGUCCAGACGCUGAGCAGUCCAAGUGAUGAAGAUCAUACCCUGGUGGGACGCUGUAGAGAUUCAGGCUACUUUAUGAAGUUUGAUGCAUCUUCCGGUGCAGCAGGCAACACUGCCCUGCUGGAGUCCCGUAUCCUCUAUCCAAAGAGAAAAGAACAGUGUCUCCAGUUUUUCUACAAGAUGACCGGGGCAGCUGGGGACAAACUGUUGGUAUGGGUCAGAAGUGAUGAUGGGACAGGGGCUGUGAACACCUUAACAAAAAUUCACACCAUUACAGGUGAAGGUGAUGAUGCCUGGAAAGUAGCUUAUGUGAAUCUUAAGAUGACCCAUAAGUUCCGUUACAUCUUCCAAGGAACCAGAGGAUCAACAAGCUCCACAGGCGCCAUCUUAAUCGAUGACAUCACUCUCACUGAGACUGUCUGUCCCAGUCUUGUUUGGCAAAUCCCCAACUUUUCUAAAGUUCUUGCUACAACACCCCUCGGCACUGCUGUAAAAAGCAAAUGUGUUUAUAACUCUGAGGGCUACUCUUUUGGAGUCAGUGUUUACCCUAAUGGAAGACAUAGUUCAUACCCAGACUAUGUUGGUGUUUGCGUGCAUCUCUGCAGUGGAGAAAAUGAUGGAGUGAUGCAAUGGCCUGCUGAAAACAGGCAGGCCACAGUUGUAGCUCUAGACCAGCACCCAGAUGUUACUCUGAGGAUGUCGUCUACAAGAAGCUUCACUACAGAUAAUAAUACCAGAUUUGGCAAGCCGACUACCGCGUCUGGAGCAGUUUGGGACGAGAGUUGCCAGUGCUUCCGAAGUGUGGACUAUGGAUGGAGCACAUUUAUUUCUCACAGCCACCUCCAGCGGAGGAACUUUCUCAAGAAUGAUGAUCUUAUUAUAACUGCUGACUUCAAUGAUUUGACCCACCUGAUUAAGACUGAGGUGCCGGUGGAACGUUCAGCUCAACCCAAAGACCUUUCAGAUCCAGUGCAAGGGGAAGAAAUGAGACAGGAACCCUCAAAGCAGAGGGAGGCAGCUAUGGUUUAAACUAAGGCAUGUGUGUGGAGGCUGCUGGAAAAGCCUUGUUAAGGUGUUCACCAUCUACUCCGCUGUGAUUUAUCCUCCUAUCUCUAAUGUGGUGUAGCAGAAGCAGUAUUUCUAAUGCUGUCCAUUGGAAGACCUCACACCAACCCAUUUUAGAGGAUUUACAAGUUUUCCUUCCUUAUUCAAAAGAUAAAAGAAAUACACUUUGUUUUUUUUCUUCCAAUUCUAUUGUAAAAUAACUGCAUGCCACCAUUUUAACACAAUAAAAAUGUAUGACAGAGCUUUCAUUUCUAAAUUAAUCUUUA